AUGGCAUUCUUCAGCCACCAGUUGUGCAGAACUUUUUCCUCGUCGGCUCUCAGGAGAGUAGCUAUUAAGCAUGUGGUCGUCGUCGGCGGGGGACAAAUGGGUGCGGGAAUCGCUCAGGUUGCCGCGUCAACUGGCCACCAGGUAACACUGGUAGACACUUCGGACGCCAUAUUAACAAAGGCAGUCAAGGGAAUGGAGACAAGUUUGAAGAGAGUGGUCAAGAAAAAGUUUGCAGACAACCCUGAGGCGGGUGAAGCGUUCAUUGAGAAAGUCCUGCGCAACGUGUCCACUGCUACUGAUGUCGCCGCCGCCGUUCAGAGCACUGACCUCGUGCUGGAGGCUAUCGUGGAAAACUUGAAAGUUAAACAAGAUCUCUUUAGUGGGAUUGACAAGGUGGCGCCAGCACACACCAUCUUUGCCAGCAACACUUCCUCGCUGCCCAUCGGCGACAUCGCAAGUGCCACCUCCAGACUGGACCGCUUUGGCGGUUUGCACUUUUUUAACCCGGUGCCAAUGAUGAAACUCGUAGAGGUCAUCGGAACAUCUGCCACAAGCCAGGACACGUUUGAUUCAUUGGUGAACUUCAGCAAGGCACUGGGGAAAACCACUGUGUCCUGUAAGGACACGCCGGGAUUUAUCGUCAACCGCCUGCUCGUCCCCUACAUGCUGGAGGCUGUGCGUCUGCAUGAGAGAGGCUCGUUUUUACCCUUCAUAAUUGCAGGUCACGGGUCCAAAGAAGACAUCGACGUUGCAAUGAAGCUCGGCGCUGGUUACCCAAUGGGACCCUUCGAGCUUCUCGACUACGUCGGACUAGACACAGCCAAGUUCAUUUUAGACGGUUGGAGCGCAAUGGAUGCCGACAAUCCUCUUUUCAAGCAGAGUCCUUUGCUCAACAAGCUGGUCGCCGAGGGAAAGUAUGGCAAAAAGACAGGAGAAGGCUUCUACAAGUACAAGUAG